GGUAAAAAAAAAUAAUAAUAAUUCACCACUCCACCUAUACCUAUAUACUUUAUUUUUAGCUGGGGCAAACGCGCACUGGCUGUUGAGCUCCUUUUUUCGUUUAGCUUCCAUUUCAUCCCCCUGGCUCACAGAGGGAUAGUUGAGCGCUUGCGUAUUUCCACUCAUAUUCCCCUUUCUACCUUGACGCUGUUGUCCUGUACCUCCACAUAGAGCGGUAUCUCUGCAUUCACGAGGGUACAACAUUGGCCCGCGAUACGCCAGUUCCGCCGCACCAGCACAGCGCGCCGCACAAUCUACACUACAACAGUGUAGUGGAGUGGUGAUCAGAAGACGAUGAUAGAUGGCGGAUAAUAAAUAAGUGCCAAGAGGAAAAGAAGAGAAGAGCGUACCGUUGUGAAGAAGAGAAGUUGUUUAACCAACGAGAGUGGAAGAAUUUCGGCGGAUCGAUGUCGUCUUCCUUCGAUUCUGGAAUAUUGCUGAGCGAGGGUGGCUACGCGACAUCCUCCCUGGAUGUAGAUUCCCCAACACGGGGGUACGCAGGUCGGCCAGCCCUCUGCCAUGCGAUGUCGUUGCAGAGCCCUCGACUUCGACACUACAGGACCAUGACAGCCAUCUGCUUCGUUUGCAACCUGCCAAUCCUGAGCCACCAAGUUGGCUUGGUGUGGCAGGGUGGCAAUGGAUGGGAUGAUCUUGUCAGGGAACAGGUCGAGGAGUCAACGCUCAAACAACGGCUCGGAACUGGCAGGAGAGAUUCAGCGGCUCAAAUAGGCGCCUCAAUUUCACCACCAAAUGAAACCCAAGAAUCUCCCCCAAUCAAUCAGCGCCGGCGAAGAUCCAGCUUAGCGGAUAUUCUUAGGGAAUGGGGUGGUGGUGCUGCGAACAAAAGUAAAAGUGCCAACAAACUUUGCCGCAGGGAAACUCUCGCUGACAUCGCCAAGUCCCUGCCCUGGUCAAGACAACAAACUACGGAUACGAGUCACACGAGUAUCAAGAAGCGUCGGGAAAGUUCAGUUGACAGUGGUAUAAAGAGUCAAGUCUCCGGUAAAUCGAGGAGAGAUUCGACAAUCAGUGAUUUUAAGAAUGACUUUGCGAAAUUAUGGAACAAACGGGAGAUAUUCCAGCCGCAACCGCCGCCGAUGAUCAUAUCGCCAACGCCGAGAAGAGGCUCAGGUGAGUCAAAGUACUCCAGGAGAGACUCGGGUGAGAGUGCCCGUUCCCGAAGAGAUUCGGUCGCUGGUAGCGAAAGAAGACAUCAAUGUCGUCAUCACCGACGCAAGCAAUCUCAGCAGUCCCAAAUAUCCGUCGAUGUCGCCUCCAUUACACCGACAAAGUACUACCGAAGCGAUCAGAGACCAAGUGCUUCCAGCACAGACAGCGCGGCAUCAGCAGCCGUGAGGGAUCAUCUGGAGGCGCAGAGAAGUCUAGAAAAAGCUGAGCAAAAAAAUCACUUGACCCCAGAGUCGAGGCCAGCUCAGGAGAUGAAAUCGUCAUCAACUGAGACUCGAAAUUUUUUGACAUUAGAGCCAACAGUUAAUACCCCCACAAUUGUAAUGUCUUCCGUAACACCACCAGCUAUAUCCCCAGUAGCUGCAAAUAGUCUUCCUCUACCAGGUACAUCCACAUCAGGGAGUUCAAGCCCUGUGGGCUCUCCCAACCUCAAUCAUACUGCACCUCAUCCCCUUUCGGCGACGCGAAGGGACUCCACAACUCAGUGUUAUUAUGGAAAGGUGAAGGAAAUAUCGCCGAAUAAAAUAUCAAGGUUGACCAGACAAGCAGCGACAAUCGACGAAUCACUGUCCCCCUCGGGACGACGAGGAAGCCAGCCAACUCUGUCACCAGACCCUGACGAUGGAGGUCGAAAGGCAAGAAGAGAUUCCCUGAGUCCCGACUCAGCCUCAUACCCGAGACGUCGUGACUCCAAGAGCCACCUGAGUCCAGACAGGUCGGCUGAUAAACGCGACAUUAGUCCGAUUAGACAAAGAAGACAAUCAAGACUCAGACGACAGUCUACCUCCAUUGCUGGCAGGCCAGCGAGGUCUCCGGACAGCUCCACCUGUUCUUCCCGCGAUCCGAGUCCCUGUGCUCGGGGCCCGGGGAGUCUCCAGCAUGCUCCAAUAAUCAGAAGACAAUCAACAACCGAAGAAAUUCUCAUUGCCCGUGGUUUUCGCCGACAAAGCACAACUGAAGAAAUGAUUAGAUGUCGAAAUUUUCGGCGACAGAGCUCCCAAAGCGAUGACACAAUGUGUCUCAAUGAACAAUUUUUCAUUAAAAAGGUACAAAGGUAUCGAGGACGCCGCGAUAGUUCAGCUCAGAUAACAGACGGAACAUUUGCUACUAUGACAGUGGAAACAUCGAGUACCUUCUUCGACAGCAGUACUCAAACUGAGCCAUCGCCGCCCUACGACAACAACCACUAUCACGAGGAGUGCCUGAAAUGUAACAGCUGUGGCCUCAAUCUCACAGGACCCAAUCAGAAGAGGGCAAGGCGGUUUAAAAACCAGAUACUUUGCGAUCUGCAUUUUGCGGACGUGGCGCUGAUGGAGUGUUCGGAUUUUAUGCAGCAGUUGCGCAGCUUCAAGCCCCAAAGUUUAGGCUGCGCAGUUGCUCGAAGAAAAUCCUCGACGACCUUGAUAUUUCCGUUGCCUCCCCAGGCUUGUUCAGAUGAGUUUUGCCAGGAGUUUCCCCACAGUCUCAUACCUACACCCGGCUAUUGGAUCGAGUGCUCCCGGCAACAGAUCACUUCGGAUACAAUUUGGGAUGAGAGUGAGAGCGAUCGUGAUAUCACUGAUCCCGAACAGGAGCAGCAGGAGCUGCAGGACAGGGCGUCAAUCAACCGUACGAGACAGCAAUUUUGUCUGUGCGAGGAGAACGAAGUGGAUGACGACGAUGGACCCAGGAAGAAGACAGUUAUUGAGGAGCAGUGGGAGAAGAAUCAGAGCUUUGAGCUCACUUCUGUCGAGCAGGAGACGUAUGAAAAAUAUUUUUACGGCUCUGAGCACUGGAAUUAUUUCACCAAUGACGAGGAUCUCGGCCCCGUUAUCCUAAGUAUGAAGCAGGAGACUAUCAAUGGUAGAGAUCAGUUCAGAAUACUCGUGAGGGCAAUCAGCUACACCGUUCACGGGUUGAUACCAGCAAGUUGCGUUUUCGCUGAUCGAUACGAUCGCGAAGAGGUUGUAAAGAGUCUCGGUAAAGAGGUCAACAUAAAUCCACCCUUGACCCUCGGCCAACUUCCCGAUACUCCCGAGGAACUUCUCAAAUUAGAUCAAGUCUUUAUCAAAUCGGAGUUGAAAGUUGGAAUUAUUUACGUGCGUGAGAACCAGUACUCCGAGGAGGAGAUUCUCGAUAACAAUGAUAAUACCCCAUUAUUUCAAGAAUUUCUGCAAAUACUCGGGGAUAAGGUGCGUCUCAAAGGUUUCGAUAAAUACAAAGGCGGCCUCGAUACCGUCCACGAUCUAACCGGUCUUUACUCAGUCUACACCAAUUGGCGUGGCAUUGAAAUAAUGUUUCAUGUAUCAACAAUGUUGCCCUAUGAAAAACACGAUCCUCAAAAAUUGCAACGAAAGCGCCACAUCGGUAAUGAUAUCGUUUGCGUUGUAUUCAUGGAAGCUGACAACACACACUUCAGUCCAGCCUGUAUAAAGUCCCAUUUUUUACACACAUUCAUCAUUGUGAGGGUCAGUAGGAGAAUCAAACGCAAGAUCACGAGGUACGAGGUCGCGGUGGUGACCAGGGAUGAGGUCGGGGCGUACAAGCCCUACCUCUGGGAGCAGAGUAUAUUCGAAAAGGGCCCAAUGUUUCGCGAAUGGAUGCUCACGAAAAUCGUCAAUGGCGAGCGGGCGAGUUACUCGGCACCGAAAUUCGCGCGAAUGCAGGAGAGAACCAGGAGCCAGAUGCUGGAGGACAUUGUUGCCAACCUAGCCAAUCACGCGGAGACCGGACAGAUCCCGAAACCCUAUAGAAGAGGCUCGUGGAGACCCAUUGGGCACAUGCGACCCUCCUCGCCGCUUCUCGAUUCCGUCAGGGAUCAGUUCGAGGAUUACGACCAGUUGGCCAAGGACUUUACGAGAGUCUUUCUCAAUAAUGCUGCGAAUAUCGAACUCAACGCUAAUUUGUUUGAUGUGGUUUUCCUCGUUCCUGGACAGCAGAAGCAGAAGGUCAGGUUUAUCGGGGUGAGGGCCAUUCUCGGCGUUAGAAGCAGGGUCUUCCAAGAAAUGCUGUACGGCAUUCAAACGGGAUUUGGCAGUCCUCAAGUACCGGUGGCUGAAUUAUUAGCGCGACCAGUGCCGACACUGCUCAGUCCCGUAAAGCCGAAGAGCUCGAAUUUCCUGCAAGUCCCGGACAUCGAGAGUCCAAGGCCGAAAAGUGUGCCGUCAUCGCCGAUGGUGAAGCGCGCCUUCUCAAGAUUGGGGACUAUCACAGCCGGAUGGGGACGGAGUAUCCGGAAGCACAGCAAUACCCUGCAGAUUGAGGAUCGAAAAAGAUGGACGAGCUCCCAAGAUUGCAGCAAUAAGGAGAUGAAAGAUAAGGAAAAACCAGGAGCCUCCCUAGCAGUGCCCAGACUGAGCGUUUGUGCAGACGCUCAGAAGGUGGAUCGAGCGAAAUUGGCGCAAACUGAGUUCGACAUAAUCGAAUUCGAUCCCGAAACCUUCGGAAUUCUCCUGGACUACCUCCACACCGGUUCGUGCCCCCUCACCUGCAGCAAUAUUCCGGGCCUGAUAUGCGCAGCUGAGCACUACGACCUCCCGGAUCUCCUCCAAGCGUGCUUCCAUCACGCCAAGCAAUUCCUCAGAAUCGAGAUUGUCUGUAUAAUGCUGUGCGCCCUGGAGAACUACUACUGGCGCUACACAUCAGCCUCUGAGCUAGUCAACAUGAUUCUGGCGUUCGUAGAAACCCGGGCCUAUCAGCUCUUCCACAAUCCAGAUUUUCUCACUCUGAGUGAAUCUAUGGUACAGACAAUCAUGUGUCGUGGCCUGGAGGUAGUCGAGAUCGAGAAAUUCGUGGCAAUGCUCAAUUGGGCGAAAAACAAAAUUAAAGUCAAGACAAAUAACAAAACUGACGCUAAACACGAAUUCAAGUGUAUCAUGGAGAGACUGAGUAAAGAUUUAAAGCUCUAUCGAAUAACUCCUCACGAGUUGAUUAGAAUUGUUCUUCCAACGAGAGCUAUUAAAAAUGAGAGGAUAUUAGAGACACUAGUGUUCCAAGCGAAUUCAGGAAUGUAUAGAAAUUCCGAUUCAUUUUUGGAGGACUUUCAGAAGAACGUCGAUAAUCAGGACAGUUUUGACUGGGGCUUGUGAAUAUCGCUGAUUAAAAUGUGUAUAUUUUUAUUGGCUCAUGUUUCGAUAUUAUUUUUAUCGAGAAUCACCGCCCUGGUUGCGUUACAAAGUACAGAAAAUUAUACGGUUAUCCGUUUUGGAGUGGGUACAUUAAAGCUGACAGAUGAAUACUGAAGCGUUUUAUGGAUAAUAAUGUGGUGUUUGUUUAUCGCUGCUGGCAGUCCAAUUUGUGGAGUUACGUUGAUAACAACUGAUUAUUUUGUACGUUGUUUUAUGGGCAGGACCCACAUUCCAGGACCUUGUCGUAUUCUAUUAUGAAAUAUUGAGAAUUUGGAGAUUAUAUGGUCACAGGUAUGGCUCAUGGUAGAGAGGAGAGAUAAUUAGACGAGACUAGCAGGACAAUUCAAGGUGAUUGCAAUGGGAAUUUCGCAUGAGAAUUUUUUCGUGCGGAAAUUCUAACAGUUAUCUCUUUUUGAAACAAAAAUCGAAGUGAACAUAAAACAAACGGAAUGAAUAUUUGCCGAUAAUGACAAUCUGUAUUAUAGAAAUUCCCUAUUUCUAAUAACGUUCAAAAUUUAAGGCUUCCUGAAUUGAAGAUAAAAUUAUAGAUAUAUUAUAUUAAUUCAUAAACAAUAACGUUGCUAUUAACUGAUGAAAAUGCUAUUGAGAGUAUAUAUCGAGAAUAAUAAUAAUAAAAAAUGUUAAUAAUGAGUGUGGGAUAAAAGAAAAUAAUGUUGUUUAAUGUCUAUUCUGUUUUCUAUCGUAGAUUUUGUAUCUCUAAUACUCUAAGACAGAGAUUCUAAUAUACAAUGUUUGAAAAUCGAUGAGCGAGGGCUGUACAACUUGACAGAUCAACUCCACCCCGUUUAUGUUUAAUUACUGACCAAAAUGGUUAAUGAGACUUUCGAAAAGUAAUAUGCAUUCUACAAAAUCUAGGUAUAUUUUUCAACGUUCAGUAUGCUAUAAAUAACAGACAUAUCAUUCGCAAAAAAAAAACAACAUUAUUUGUAUUGCGAAAUUGACAUCUGUACAUAUUAGUGAAGCCCAAGCAAACAAGAUUUGACGAAGUUCGAUGUACCAUAGUAUUCUCUAAGACCCAUUUUAACUAUCAAAAUAAAUCAGACAUUAUGUGCGACUCAAUCAUGAGGGAAUCCCAUAUCUACAUCAUUCGUCUUUGGAAAAUCGUUCUUCAAAUGAAUUUGAAGUAUGGAAAGCACUUUUUGGAAGCGAUUUUCCAGAGAAAAUUUUUUCUCAGAAGUCUAUUUUAAUUAUUAAUCAGUCACGUGCCAAUUGAUCUUCACAGAAUUAUUUUUGAAACCUUCAUACGAAAAAUAUGUUAAAUUGCAAUUAGUUCGCCAUCAAUAUUACGUGUUGUAUAGUCAAACAAAUAUGUUCGAAACCUAGUAAUCAUGGGAGAAAGAGCUGCAGAAUACUGACUAACGUAAUUAUGUCUAUUUAAGGGAAGCGAUAAUCAUCGGUUGAUAAUACCCACAGCGUUGUUAGAUAAUGGAUGAUAUAAUUAUGCUGUAUGAGUCCCAUAGACACUGAAGACUCCACUUUUCUACGUGUGGAAAUAUAUUAAUUUGACGCGUCACCUCAUCGUUCCAUUACCAUCGGGAAAGAGAUUGGGAGCCGGGGCAGAAUGGCCACUCCCUGACCGAGUAUCCAUUUUGCCCCAGCUCCCUGCAGCGACGUAUUUUGUCAGAGAGAAAAAAAUCCUCGCAAAUAAAUUUUUCCAUGAGAGUGAAAUAAGAAUAUUUACAAUUAAGAACUGAUGGAAUUACUGACCUUUUUUUCGAUGAAAAGUAAUCUGUGUCCCUCUGAGCAAUGGCCUCAUGAUCGAACCCAGAUCAUCAUCAUCAUUGUUGUUGUUGUUAUUGUUGUUAACACUUUGUCCAAUCGGUCACUGUCAUGUCCGAUCUGAGAGUGUCUCGAUUGAAAAAAAACAGACGCGUUCCAUUUCUAAAUUGAGACAAUGAUUAAGAGAAAAUGAUAAAAUAACACAAACGGUUCGAUGUUAUCCUGACUCUGUGUAUAAAUGAUAUAUGAAUAUUAUUGUAAUAUGAAUUAUUCUUCGGUAGAUAGACAAUCGCUGAUGUUCAAUUGGUUGAAUUAUAUUUCAUGGUAUUGAAUAAUGAAAUAUUCAACUCCCGUCGUUGCUAUUGCAAUCGUCAUUUCUGUACAUUCAUUAUUUUUUCCGAACGACAGUUGAGAAAAUGGUCGUUUAAUUUUUCACUCGUCAGGGAGAAUACGAGACGAACAGUUUGAAGUUAAGGGGAAAAUUGGUGGCUUCAUUGGGCGAAUAAAAAAAUUUCCGAAAUUAUAAACCAUGAGUAAGAAGUAUUAUUACGUGCUGCUACUGUGAUGUUGUCGCUGUGUGUACCUGAAUAAAUCAGGCAUACUUUCUAAUUUGAUUUUUCUUUCCAUUGGAUUUCCUCCAACAGCUAGGUAUCAUGUAAUGGAGCAGAAUAAACAAUAAUUUUGUGUGAAAGAUUGUCUAUGAAAUUCGAAAUCAUCUGAAAAUAGAUAUCAAACUUUGAAUAAAAUGAAUUUAUCACUGAAAAGGAGCUCAUUUAUUCUACCCAUCCGUUGAUAUCAAAUGACCAACAAAAAUCAAGGAGCAUUCCUUAUAAAAUCACAUUUAUUUACAGUUCAUCUAUUUCUUUCAUCGUCAAUUUCUCUCAUUCUUUUGAACUUUAAUUUGUACAAAUUAUUGAUGAUAGCGAGAAUCUUACAAAUUAUGUGUAACUGAAGUAAAGAAUGAUUUUGU